AUGGAGGAGAAGUAUUCCUGUUUCGAGUGCGGGAAAUAUUUUUCAUACAAAACUAGACUUUACAUAUAUCAGAGAUCUAACACAGGUGAAAAGCCAUAUGUCUGUCCUGAGCGCGGGAAAUACUUUUCAGUGAAGCUUAGUCGUCACACACAUCAGAGAUCUUACACGGAGGAGAAGUUGCAUACCUGUCCGGAGUGCGGGAAAUGUUUUUCAUGUAAGUGCUAUUUUUAUAUAUACCAGUGA